AUGGUAACGAUGCGCGACGACUGUUUACUUCCCUCCGUCAAGGUCAACGACGUUCGCUCUGCAGCCGCACGACCACCGCUGCUGCUUGACCCUUUUUUGUUUCAAAUCGGAGGAGCUUUCCCACUCCAUGAGGAUGACUGCAAGACGCUGCAACCGGAGACGGUACAGGAGAUUGUCGUCAUCCAGUGGGCUCUGACCCAUUGGAAUCAGAAUCCCGCCAACCACAAUGCCAAAUUAGGACUAUACGCAGGAGAUACCUGUUCUCGAGCUCAGGAAGCGCUCUCACAAUCGUUACGAUUUCUCGACUCGGUCGGAUAUCACGAGCCGAAGGAAUGUCGGACGGAAAACGCUGGAGCUAAGCUGCUCGGUUAG